UGGCUAGUGGCUUGUUGCGUCACUUCGUCACACACGUCCCUGUGAUUGGACGCCAGCGAUGCUAGCCGUGAGUGCAAUCGCCGAUAUGGAGCGCAUAGAAAAGGUACAGCAUUUGACAAAUGGCCUCAGGAGUGCUGAGCGGUUUCACUGCCCGUCUCCAGUCGUGAAUAUAGACCAGUACCCCGAACUCAAGGACUUUUUGCCAAAGGAGUAUCAAUACCAUGUAUGUAGUUACAAAGCAGUCAACUCGGACAGCGACCAUAUAGAUUUUGAAGCCACCCUACGGAUGUGCCUUAAAUCAAAGGAGGAGAUACUGGUGUGGCUCAAGUCGAUGCCAGUUACAUGGAGAGUGGACCACAGUAGGCCUACUAAAGGCUCAAAGAUCAUCUUCAAAAAAGAAUACCGGUGCCUGCACAACAUCAAGCCCAGGACAAAAACAUCAAAUAACGACAGGCCAUCCAAAAAUACGGGUUGCCCUGCAAAACUUAAAGUUACCCUUGCACGCACUGAGGUCUUCGGUGGACGACAGAGCAGAAGUACUGAUCCUCACAUUCCUGAAUACCCCAUACUCAUGGAAAUCAAGAAUGUUCAUAACCACAACAUUUAUGUGGUGGAAUAUGUGCGUCACCGGGAUGUGGGCAGCAAGGCUAUAGAGCAGCUCACUAAGUUGUUUGAAGCUGGGCACUCGCCAUCCUCAGCACUUGGUGUUCUUAAAUAUGAUGUGCAAGUUAAACUUCUGGAUGAUUAUCCUUAUGCCUUAGCAGACCGCUCCAUCUGUCCUGAUCUGCAGUUCUGCUAUAGACUUUACCAGCAGAUAAUCCGUAAGAAAAAAGGCGGUACUGGCAGUGGAUGUCAUCUCACUUCAGAGCUUUGCAAUCAUGAUUCAGAAUCAUCUAUGGCAGCCACUGAGGAGCUUAAUGCUGAUGAUACACUGGAAGCUGAUAGUCAGUGCGCAGAAGUUGGACUCCAUGAGCCAGGAGUGUGCCACAAUGGUGCAGAGUAGAAAAGAAUUUCAGGUGGCAGGAUUAGCCUUUUUUAAGGCCGUCAACAGGCUGAAGGGAAAUCCCUCCGUGUUGCAGUCAGCGAUGCACAUGUUUGGCCGCUAUGGUGUGAGCAGCCUGGCUUCAAAGCGAGCACGAGUUCUGCGGCAGGCUGCUAACCAUGCUGGGCCAAACAUAGCCACACAGCCCACCUCUGUCGCCCGCCAAAAGGUGAAGCUUGGGGAUAGACGUUAACUCACUGCUGAGAGUCCAGAAAAAACUGCAGCAACCGUGGAGCAUCGCUACAGCUAACUAAAAGGAGUGAAGUCUGGAGCUCGCAGCGUGUCUCAAACUGUAGCGGUGUGUUGCAGCAACCCAAAAUAAUAGACACUCUACCACUGCGACCCGUUACCUUUCCCCCUCUCCAUAGAGACUGGACUCUGGACCAUUGCGCCCCUCAACCCAUUAGCUGAGGACUUGUUUGUAUAUAGUUCUUUUUACAAACCCACACAAUGGGAAGUACGGUUAACUUGGCAUACCAGUGGUUUAUAGCUGUGUAGAACUCAUUCAACCAUCCCAAAACACAUGAUCUGAAACUUUUCAUAUAUUUUAAUACAUUAAUCCAUAUUUUCCCUGUCUAAAUGAAAUUGUGCAUAUUUGGAUUAAACAUCUCUUCAAUGCAUCGUACAGUCGCUCUUCUUACCAGGGAUCAUGUCUUCUAUGAAGGUGGACUUACUGCCUUUGAAUUAUUUUGCCUAUUUUGUAAUUUUAUACAGCUUCCUAUGCCUUUGUUUAUCUAAAUGGGAACACAUGGUUCAAGAUAGAGUGUAAUGUUCAUUAAAUAAAGUUAUGGUUAUGAAAACAA